GAUCGUGUACAUAAAAUAUGCAAAACCAUGUCUGGCUCUAUAUAAAUGAGCAAGAGGCAAGAGAGAUGCAAACGCCGCCUCAAGGGCGUCUUGAUCGGUUGCCUAAAAAAAAUUGGUUUUAGUCUUUGUUUUCCUUCCUUUAAUUUAGACUUCAAAUCAGAGAGAUUGAAGAAUUUGAAGAAAAAGAAAAUGGUUGAUCUUCAAAUAGUUUGCUCCAUGUGUGGUGAUGUGGGCUUCCCUGACAAGCUCUUCCGCUGCGCCAAGUGCCACCACCGCUUUCAGCACUCGUAUUGUAGCAACUACUACAGCGAAUCCUCGGAGCCAAUACAAGUGUGUGAUUGGUGUCAAAGUGAGGAGAAAAGCUCGAGGCAUGGUGGUUCCUCAAGGAAAUCAAUUGCAGGAAUUAGUAAUUCAGGGAUCAAAUCGGAAUAUUCAGGAGACAAAAUCAAGCAGAAUGAUAGGGAAGAAAGUGGUGCUGAAAGGGCAAAGAAUCCUAGUGGCACUCCUUCACCUCGGACAGCAACUCGAAGAUACAAGCUUCUCAAGGAUGUCAUGUGUUAAAAGGGGACAUUAUGAGAUUAGUUUAAAUUCUGAAUACGCACAUGUAAAUGAAAAGGAGAAGUUGUAGGAUCCUAGUGAGUUUUUCAGAUAUGAGGCUUUGGUUAGGUCAUGUUCAUAUUUCUUCCUAUGGAUAAUCGUAAGUUGUUAUGAUUUUCUAGUGUUUUUUUCUUUUAUUCCUUUUCUUUUUUGGCUGCCAAGAGUUUUUGGCUCUAUGCUAAAUAAGUUGAUAGAAUCAGUGGAACUUCAUGUACAAAUCUGAUGAUAAAUAAGCAUGAGUUUUCGUUAGCCUUCCUA